AUCAUCAUCUUCAUCAUGAUUGUUAAAUUAGGUUUUUUUGUUUGUAGUUCCCAAUGAUUACAAUGAAGAGUUGAUUGUUUAUUCAUCAUUAACUUAAUGAUAACAUAACAAUAUAAGAAGAUAAGUUUAAUUCAGUUACAUGUUGAUUGUUCAUUAUUCAGGCUUGAUUAUUAUCAUUGUUAGUUGAUGAUUUACACUCAAUUGAAACUUGUUAACACUAUACUCAGCUCAUUAAUGUGUAACAUCAUCAUCAUCAUCAUCGUCAUCAUCAUUUUAUCAUCAUCUUUUCAAGUCUUAAGUGAAUAAAAAACUAAACCUUUGAGAGAGAGAGAAAAGUUUUAUUUUUUUCUUUCGCUUCGAAUCCAAGUGAAUUAUUAGUUAAUAAUAAACACGAUUGUUAUUUUAAUCAAUUACAUAUAAAUAUAGAGGAUGAGGAUGAUAGUGAUGAUGAUGAUGAUGAUGAUGAUGACAAGAGAAAGAAAGAGAAGAAAGAAAGGGAAAAGGAGGAGCUUAUCCAAUGAUAAACCAGUAAGAACUGGGAAUCAUAAGGUUAGAGGCGUUAACAAUUUCGGAUGCUAAGGUUACUAAGGUAACAAGGUAAUAGGAAGAUGAUGAUGAUAGAGAUGAGGAUGAGGAUGAUAAUGAGGAUGAUGUUCACUUUCAUCUGAAUGAUAAAAACUGUGGGAGUUUAUACCAGGGAGUGAAAAAUGAUAACUGGGAGGUGAUGCUAACUGAUGAUAAAUUGUUUUGUUUACCUUGAAUUUGGUUCAUAAUUUUUUUUAUUAUUAUUAAACCAAUUUGGAUAUUUAUUGUUUUGAUUGUUUGUUUAAAUUGUGAUCAACAACAUUUAAUAAUAAAAACUAUUGUUUUGUGGGCUUGUCACAGUUAAUCAUGAUGGUUGAUCCGAUCAUAUCUAAAUUAAGUGAUACAAGUUCUAACUCGUUAAUUACAUCAACUAAUUCAUCUUUUUUCAUCAAGGAUAUACUUUCAGAGAAAAGUUUGGAAAACAAUCAACAAGAAAUCAAAGAUAUUCGAGAUUCAUAUUAUCAUCAUCAUCAUAAUAAUAAUCACAAUCAUAAUAAUCUUAAUCAUAGUAAUUCACCUUCAUUGGGUAAUAAUCAUAAUCCUUAUUCACCAAACAAUUACUGCUCAUUUCAUCCGAUUAAUGGUAACAAUCAGUCAAUCAACUCGAAUGGUCCAGCAAGUUUAGCCGCUGCUGCUGCGGCAGCGGCUUUGUUACAUCCUUCAUUUGCAGCUUAUUCAGCAAGUCAUCAUCAUGAUUUAAUAUUUCAACACAUGCAAAGAGCAGCGACUGAAGCAGCGACUCAUGUUGCUUCCCAUCGGCGGCGAAAAGCCCGAACAGUGUUUUCAGAUCAUCAACUGCACGGACUCGAGAAAAGAUUUGAAUCACAACGUUACCUUUCAACACCAGAGAGAUUGGAUUUAGCAACAAGUUUAAACCUAAGUGAAACUCAAGUAAAAACCUGGUUCCAGAAUCGCAGGAUGAAACAUAAAAAGAUGCUAAGAAAAGGCAACAAUAAGGAUAACAAUCAAUUAACCAAAGGAUCAACUAAUUAAAUAACAUAAAAUAUACAUAAAUAUAAAUACAUAAUUAACAAUUUAAUCAUAUCAAAACAAAAGCUUUAACAAUUAACCUUUUCAAUUUCCACCUAUCGAGCUUAAUUAAAUCAUAUCAACAUUGAACUUUUCCUAAAUAUUAUAAACUGUACAUUCAACAGGUAAAAACAAUUGAAUAAAUUGUCAAAUACAAAGUCUAAAUAUAAUUGCAAUUAGUAAAUUGUUGGAGAAAAACAAAUUCUCUCGAAAUUUUGAUGGAGACUCGAAAAAAAAGUCGAAAAGUUCUGAUGAAAGUUUCGAUCAAUGUUCAAAUAUCUUAUAGGUUGAAAUACUUAGGAUGAUGAUGAUGAUUGAAAAGAUUACUAUUGAAUGGAAACUCAUCUAACAAUUUAACAAUCAACAAUAAAUUGACCCUUUUCAUAUCAACCAAUUCAAUAUCUUAUCAUGUUAUCAUGAUGCUUGUCAUCAUCAUGAUGAAAUAAGCUGAGUUAUUAGAGGAAGAAGCAAAAAAAACCAUUGAAAUCUGAAUUGAGACAAUAAUCCAAUUGUAAGUGGAUGGUAACAUUAUUAUUAUGAUUAUCUGAUUGAUUCACUCGAGGAUACAAUCAACAACAAUUUACUAUUAAUCAAGCAACAACAAAAUGAUAUGUUGAAAAUUUUUCAUUCAUCAUUAAUCAUUGUAAAUGAAUCAAUUUUUUUUUCCUACUUACUAUUGAUCAGCAAUCAAUAUGGUAAAUACAUUAUGGUUAACAUGUUGAUUAUAAAUGAAACUGGUGACAACAAUUAAACUAAAAUCAGUGUUAAUUUGAUCUAAAUUGAAAACAAGUCCCUUGGUAAUUUUUUCUGAUCAAAAACCACGUACAGGCAAUAAAUUAAUGUCAAAUUAACGUUAAAUUGUCAACAAUCAACAGAUAAUAAUAGUAAAACCAAUACUCAUCAUUAGAUUAAUUUUCUGAGUAUAAUCAAUGGUCAAUCAAAAUCGAAUCAGGAAAAAAGGGAAAACUCAACAAUCGAGGACUUGAUAAGUUUCCUAUUAACAGGAAGAAGAAGAAGAAGAAGAAGAAGAAGAAAGUAAGACUUAUCAUCCAUUUAUCAUCCUC